UUCCUCUGCGUGAUCGAAUCAGAAAUGAGGAGAUCCGCAGACGAACCAAAGUCACCGACAUAGCUCAUCGAGUCGCAAAGCUGAAGUAGCAAUGGGCAGGCCACAUAGUUCGAAAAACCGAUGGACGUUGGGGUCCCAAGGUGCUGGAAUGGCGACCCCGCACCGGAAAGCGCAGUGUGCCGACCCCCCACUAGGUGGACCGAAGACAUCAAGUGGGUUGCAGGGAGCCGCUGGAUGCUGGCGGCUCGAGACCGUUUUGUUUGGAAGUCCAUGCAAGGGGCCUAUGUUCAGCAGUGGAAGUCCAUCGGCUGAUGAUGAUGAUGAUGAUGAUGAUUAUAAAGAGAUUCUGAUCCAAAUUUAUGAAAUUGACUCCAAUGAUUCAGCGCAGAAAUCGAAAUGGAUAUCAAACCCACAUUCACUCAAUAGCAAAGACAAAAUUUUGUUGUCAAUCGAACCCAACAGAAAUUUGGCACUAACCAUUCCUGAAGAGUGCGAAGAACUGGGGAUCUGCGAAUCUGUUCCCGACUACCCACACAAAAUUAUAUCGAGGAUAAUAAAACAAGUUUUAGAGAGAAACAUAACAUUCCAUAUGGAUGUAGAUCCGAAUGACAGCUACAUGUAUGUGACUGAUGAAUCUUUCGAAAUAUAUGAAGAGGAAGAAUUGUGUACGAGCAAACCCAAGCUAUAUUACCCGCAAGCGGCCCGCGACGCCAACAAAAAGUGGCAUUUGAUACUAAACUCAGUUGAAAUAUCGCAGAACUUCAUCGGAGAACAUUGCGCUUUGAAAUAUUCAAGCUGUAACAAAGUGGCAUUCUUCACAAACUCCUACCAUGGCGUGUGUGUACAGAAAUACAUGCAGAGGAUUAUGUACGGGAUCAAUGAAGAGUUUACUGGAGUCAUCAAAACGCUGUUCGACGUUCCCAGUUGCUGCUCUUGUAUAGCACGAAUAAGUUACUAAUGUUUUUGAAAACCUAUAGGUACAGAAGGGCCAUUGUUAGACAAGUCAAAAAUAAAAAUAAAUCGACAGUGAAGUUAGCUAUAGAUGGACAGCCAGUGUUUCAUUUUAUAAAAGACUAUCAGAACCUCACAGUUUCACUUGCUUGUAAAGGGAUAACAUAUAGCAUAAUAUAGUGCUAACACUCGGGAAUAGUGUAGCCUUCAAACAGUGAAUGAAUUUUCAAAUUGAUUCAAUAGUUUCGGAGACUUCAAUGAAAAUACACAAUCAAAUCUUUCCUUUUUAUAUAUAAAAGAAGAUCAUUGAUUUUGGGCACUUUUUGGAAGUGCUGCCCAACAAAAAAAUAUGGCACGAAUCGUUAGAACUUGCCAUUUGAAGUAUUAGCACAGAAAACAUAUGUAUGCUAUUAGCUGAUAUAGCAUAAAAGUUGUAGGAGGGCUCUGAACCAAGUUAUACAGGUUGGGUAGUUCUAACCAAAUGGGUAGUUUUAACGAUAUGUA